AUGACCACGCCCCUCCUCCCACGAAUCGAUCUCGAGAUCACCACCGACGGCUCUUGGGACGGCGGCCUCGGUGGCUGCGCCUUUGCCAUCAUGCAGCAAGAUGGGCGGUGCGCUGGAAAGAUCUGGCGCACGCGCCACGACACCGACUCGACCGCCGUAGAGCUCAAGGGCAUUCGCGGCGCCCUUGACACCCUCCUCUCCGCCGUAGUCGCCCGGCCCUUCGACUUCCCCGCCAGCGAGACGAAGUACGCCGCCAUCUGGACCGACUGUCUGGAUGCAGUAUGCGAGAUCGAUCUGCAGCUGGGGGGCCGCAGCGAGGACGCGAUCCGGCGUAGCAACGGCAGGGUGAGCUCAGUCACCCACGUAGACCUCGUGAAAGCGAUCGUCGACGCCAAGAGCGCGCUGGAAGCGAAGGGAGUUGUCACACGAGUAGCCUGGCAACCACGCGUGUCGUACCCUCAAGCCAAAGCAGCAGACGAGUGGGCCCGAAAGGGUGUCGUUCUUGCUCGGCAAAAGGCAGGCUCGUGGAAUGUCGGGCUAGACCAUGUCUACCCAAAGCCGAAAUACUUUUCUGCCUACUGA